CUAGUCCCCCCCCCCCCACCCAACCUCCCUCCGUCGCCAGUGUCACCAGCCUCCCUCGCCGCCGGCCACGAUGCUGAAGGGGAUGAUCUCGUCGAUAUCCUGGGUGCCCAAGGGCGCCGCCAAGAACGUCCCCGUCGUCGCCGAGCCGCCCACGCAGGAGGAGAUCGACGAGGCCAUCAAGACCUUCACCUUGGACAGAGAUGGCGGGAGUGACGCCGACGAGGACGAUGAUGCUGGAACCAUGGACCUCGACGGUGCCGAGGAGGCGGCGGCGGCGGCGGAGGAGGAGGAGGUCGAUGAGGUCGCCCAGGCCAAGGCCGUAGCCAAUGCGCUCGCAAAGGGGGUUGACGAUGUCGCCGAUGAGCUCAGCGAGCUCAACAUGGAUAAUUACGACGAUGAGGAGGAUGGGCUCGAGAUUUUCAGUACCGGGUUGGGGGACUUGUACUAUCCAAGCAACGACAUGGACCCGUAUCUCAAUAACAAUGACAAUGAUGAUGACGACGACGAUGAGGAGAUCGAAGACAAGACAAUCAAGCCUACCGAUUUUGUUGUCGUUUGUGCGCACAGCGAGGAUGAUAUCCACUCUCUUCAGGUCAAUAUACUUGAAGAAGAGGAUGGCGAGCAGAAUAUGUUUGUGCAUCAUGAUGUUCCACUCCCAGAUUUUCCACUCUGCACAGCUUGGAUGGACUUCAAUCUCAAGGGUGGUGACAAAGGGAAUUUUAUAGCUGUUGGAACCAUGGAUCCUGCAAUCGAAAUAUGGGAUUUAGAUAUGGUUGAUGAGGUGCAACCUCAUAUGGUGCUAGGAGGACUUUCAAAAAAGAAGAAAAAGGAAAAGGGCAAAAAGGGGAAAAAAUACAAGAAGGGAAGCCAUAGAAGUUCUGUGCUCGGUCUUGCAUGGAACAAGGAAGUGAGGAAUGUUCUUGCUAGUGCAAGUGCCGACAAAACUGUUAAGAUUUGGGAUAUAGCUGUUGGUAAAUGUGCAGUCACACUGGACCAUCAUGAUAACAAGGUUCAAGCAGUUGCUUGGAGCUGGCAGUCACCUGAAGUUCUUCUUAGUGGAUCCUUUGAUAAAACAGUUGCCAUGAAUGAUAUGAAAGAUGGCGGACAGAGUUGCCAUAAAUGGUCUGUUGAAGCAGAUGUGGAAAGCUUAGCUUGGGAUCCACACAAUGAACACUUAUUUGUUGUUAGUCUUGAAAAUGGGAUGGUUCAAGCAUUCGAUAAGCGGACAGCUUCAUCAAAAUCUUCUGGCCGGCCCAUGUUUACCCUGCAUGCACAUGAAAAGGCUGUUUCUUCCAUCUCCUUCAGUCCGUCUGCCCCUAACUUUCUUGCAACAGGUUCAACUGAUAAAAUGGUGAAACUCUGGGAUCUAUCAAACAACCAGCCGUCAUGUGUUGCCUCUAUGAACCCAAAGCUUGGAGCUAUUUUUUCGGUAUCAUUUUCAAGUGACAGUCCCUUCUUGUUAGCCUGUGGAGGAUCAAAAGGCAAACUGAAAGUCUGGAACACUCUAACGGAGCCAGCAGUAGCUAAUAAAUUCGGCAGAUAAAAGUGCAGGAAAUUUCAUCGGCACUGAAGAGUGAUGCUUGUGGCGCCAGAAACACAAUAGCAGCCAAAAUUUGGUGGCACAAGUCCUUUCCGGCUUACACGCUACACAUGCUUGGGUAGAUUGAAGUUAUGGUGAAAGUUUUGCCUAUGUGAUGAAAGCCCAAUUAUGGUAUUAUGGUGAGUGAAUGAAAUCAAAGCAUUGUGUUAUGUGUUUGGUGCUUGUACAACGUCACACUGGGCAAGGUUUUGGAAUGGAACUGUCUAGUUAUGACGUAUUGUGAGUUGUGACUCCAUUUUCAUUCAAGUAAAAAAGAACGUUAGUUGUUGAUA